UGUGCGUGUAUAUAACCUGUAAUUAAACGUUAACGUUCAAACGUGAAAAAUUGAUACAAUUACAAGAAAUUGUGCAACGCACCGUAAAAAACAUUUUACGAUUGUUGGGUUUAUAAUCUAAGUGAACAAUGCCAAAAUAUUAUUGUGAUUAUUGUGAUACAUAUUUGACACACGAUUCGCCAAGUGUACGAAAGACACAUUGUCAGGGACGUAAACAUAAAGAUAAUGUCAAAUAUUUUUAUCAAAAAUGGAUGGAAGAGCAAGCACAACAUCUAAUCGAUGCAACAACAGCAGCAUUUAAAGCAGGGAAAAUUGCAUCUAAUCCUUUUGCGGCAAACAAGGGAGCAGCAAUUCCACCACCUCCAAAUCUUGGGCCUCGUCCUGGCGUGCCACCUCAAGGUCCACCAGGUAUGAUGCCACCACCAGGAAUGCAUCCUGGUGGACCAAUGGGACCAGGUGGUCCAAUGAUGAUGGGACCACAUGGACCAAUGCCACCGAUGAUGGGUAUGAGGCCACCUAUGAUGGGACCUAUGGGACCAAUGGGACCAAUGAUGGGUCCUAUGGGACCUAUGGGUCCAAUGAGACCACCAAUGAAUGGACCACCACCACCAAUGGGAGGACCUCCACCGAUGAAGAAAUAA